ACGCUGUAGAGCAAGCCCCUGGGAGCUCGCAGAGGCAAAGUCCAGAUGUUAGUGGACCGGACGAAAGGGGUAGUCAUUCGAGGAAAGGGGUUCCAGGAAAAGACCCUGAUAAAUAUUUGACAGAAGAGAAGAAAGGACGUCAGACCAAACCAACAUUCUGCGAUCUUGACUGUCCAUCGGAAAACAUUUGGACUCCAGCCAUGUCAGAGGACAAAGAGUUGUCCUAUGCCGAUGCCAUCGAGGAGGCUGGCAGCGCCAUGAGUCGCUUCCCGCUCAUCCCCGUCAAAGGAAUUCCUUUAAUGAGCCACAUCGCCAACAACUUUGAUGCAAUCUCAGCUUUCUGUCCUGACGCCUCGGACCUCCUCAUCGCCACCUAUCCUAAAGCGGGGACAACUUGGACUCAGGAGAUAGUCGAUCUGCUUCUUCACAACGGUGAUGCGGAGGCCUGUAGACGAGCCCCCACGCCGGUUCGCAGUCCUUUCCUGGAGAUCUGUAGCCCACCACCCAUCCCCUCAGGUCUGGACCUGCUAAAUAAAAUGGCUCCCCCAAGAAUCAUUAAGACGCAUCUGCCAAUUCAGCUGGUUCCAACUGGGUUUUGGGAAAAAAAGUGCAAAACUAUCUACAUAGCACGCAAUGCAAAGGACAACAUGGUGAGCUACUACUACUUUGAUCACAUGAAUAAGACUCAACCUGAGCCCGGGCCUUGGGAGGGCUACAUUCACAAAUUCAUGCGUGGCGAGUUGUCAUGGGGCUCUUGGUACGAUCACGUGAAAGGCUACUGGGAGGAUCGAGAAAAGAAGAACAUCCUCUACCUCUUUUAUGAAGACAUGAAAGAGAAUCCCAGACGUGAAGUGGAACGCAUCAGGAAGUACCUGGACUUGACCCUGCCUGAUGAUGUCAUCAGCCGCAUUGUGGAGCUCACGAGUUUUAAAAACAUGAAGGAGAACCCGAUGGCAAACUACACCUGCAUUCCUAAGACUGUUUUUGACUCGUCCAUUUCUAACUUCAUGAGAAAAGGAGAAGUCGGUGACUGGAAAAAUCAUUUCACAUCUGAGCAGUCAGCAGAGUUUGAUGAGGACUACGAGAAGAAAAUGAAGCAAGUCAACAUCCCAUUCAGAACAGAGUUAUAACAAGUUUCGCAUUGUUUCAAUGGCUCAUACGGAGUUAUUUCUCAAUCGUUGCUAGUUGCAAUUGCAAUAGUCUUUUAAGAAUGAUUAAAAAAAAAAAAAUGUUAGAAUGCAAUUUGCUUGUCCCAACGUUGGUUGUACCUUAUUUACCACAAGAAAGGCACGGUUGACUAAACAAACACUUUCCCCACCCAGAGCUGAUUAAACUAAAUGAGUGAAAUUCAAACAA